UGCAUAGAUUAAAAUACCUAUUUUUUCCUGUGACAUACAAUAUAUGAAUAUGCUCAUAUACACAUAACGAAUUUUACUGGUUUUCAAAAUGAAAAUGCGCAUUGAUAUUUAAAUUUCGUUCACAUAUAAUGUGCUAAGUUUAUGCAUCCCCAGUUCAGACGUGCUUUCAAACAUUCAUUAAGGGAAAAUGUGUUCUUUAGCUUAGAUUGUGAUUUUGAAUUAUUAACGAACUUUCUAUUUCUAACUAUAUAUUCAUCAUAUAGUGUGACAUUUUUCUUUUCAAGACGGGUGUCAUACCGCAUGCAACAGUGACGUUCAAUAGUUCCUAAGCACUUUCCAGUACAGUCUAGAAGGCAGGCAUAUUUUCCCAGGUACUAUAAAGGCUAUGCUUGACUUAUAAAUCAAUCACGUGCAAUCUACACGUCCUCCAAUAAAUGUCACUGGUGUUUAAAUUGUUAUUUUUUAUUUAUUUAACAUGGGAUUGGAUAUGAUUUCAAUCGGUUCUGGGACGGACUGACGAAUUGUGAGGCGUUUAAGCUGACAUUACCGCAAAAGUAUGAAGCAAGACAGUAAUGGGAAGCGCAUCUUGAUAAGGGUUUGCUGAUAAUACGAUCAUCGAUACAAAAACUUUAUUCGAGGAAUCAAAUCCUUCGUUGUUUGGAGAGCCAGUACCUGCAAUCAUGGUGAAGAAACUAGUUCACUGGUAUCUUACUGCAGUUGUUUCGAUAUCAAUUUUUUGUACACAACGAAUACAUGGUGAGGUCGACAUUGAUGCACUUCUUCCAACAGGUUACCGAAAAGGCCAAAGACCAAACGCUGAAGGGCCCGCCGUUGAAGUUCGAGUCGGUAUUUACGUGAACUCUUUUGGUAAUAUAGAAGAAGCACAAAUGGAGUAUAAGAUGUAUGGAUAUUUUCGCCAGUAUUGGAAUGAUAAUCGGUUGGUAGGGAGGUCGAACCAGACUAUAGUGCUGAAUGGUGACGAUAUCUCCAAAGUCUGGAAGCCUGAUCCGUUUUGCUAUAACGCGAGAGAUUCUACACUCAGUAAAGGCGAUCAUGAUAUUAAUAGUAUGAUGUCCAUAGAUCCAAAUGGGGACAUCAUUUACAGUAGAAUGACUAUUAUCGUUGCUGAAUGCAAUAUGGAACUACACGAUUUUCCAAUGGACACGCAAAAAUGCAGUUUGAAAUUCAGCAGCUAUACCUACAAUGAAAAUCUAAUUAAGCUAUCGUGGGUAAAAGGUACUCCCGCGACGGUAGCAGCCAAGAGCCUCGCACAAUUUUAUUUCAAAAAGUUAGAGACUAGAAAGUAUGUGGAGCAAUACGAGUUAGGUAACUACUCUGUAGUCGAGGUGGAGUUUUACUUCAGCCGUCGCCUUGGCUACUUCUUGAUUCAAGUAUACGCGCCAGACAUCUUCAUCGUCAUGCUCAGUUGGAUAGUCUUUUGGAUGGACAGAAAUGAUAUGGGCAAUCGUAUGGCUCUGGGAAUCACUACAAUACUGACCAUCAUGUUCCUUAUGGGAUCUAUCAAUGCUGCCAUGCCGCGUGUCAGUUACCCUAAAGCACUCGAUUGGUAUCUUAUGAUAUCGUUUGCCCUGGUGUUCCUGGCCCUGAUAGAAUGCACUUUCGUUUUUGUUUUGCUGAAGAAGAAGCAAAAGAAGAAGAAACAAAAGACCGAAAUCAAAAGCAAGAAGUGUCCACCACUAGAACGUGUCCUUUGGGUCAACGAAAACUCAUGCCCACGAAAGAGAGACAGCAAGACUAACUGGUCAGAAGAAACAAGAGACCUUAUCGAAACGAGCCCAGGGAAUGGCAAGCAAAAAUCCAUCAUCGCCCAUCUAUCCCUACAAGAGUUAAAUAACAAGACUGAUACGCACAAGCAGAUGACGGAGACACACGAGCACGACGAUGACAAAGGAAUCGAUUGUACGGUUGAUAACCUUGCUAAGGGGCUAUUUCCGCUUAUAUUCCUGGGUUUUAACAUUUUGUAUUGGUCACUGUAUCUCAAAUUAUUGGAGUAAAACUAUUCGAGGGGUAGAAGUAGGUGCUGCGGCUAGAGAGGUGAGGCGGAUCCAGGGAGUCCAGGUGCAUUUUGAUAAUGUUUUUUUGAUAAGGCUGCGUUCAUAAUGUAUGACAGAGGGGGGGGAGGGGGGUGUGGGAGCAGGAGAU